UCAUCGAAGAAGACAAAAGCGAAAGUUAGCUAGACGAGCUGAGACAAAGCUCCUGCUUGACAGAGAAUAAACACACGCAAUGUUGCAAGUGUUGAUAAAGAGAGACUCAUGGCGGCAGCUGAUGAAAUAUUCGCGCUUUUUGAAAGGGACGAUAGCGUCGUACGAGGAGGAACUUUUCUCGAACAAGAGCGGACUAAGGAUAGACAUGUGGAAGCUGUUAGCGAGGCCCCAAUUGUGUUACGCGUUGAAGACGUCCGGCAGCGGAUGGGUGGUCAAGGAGAGCGUCGGCCGCAGUGGGGGAGCUCCACUUCGAGGCAGGAGUAUCCACAGCCCCCUCAAGUUAAAGCGGAAGACGAGGAACUUUGGAUCACGCCGAAGGAAGAGUGUCUGCGAGGGCAGGGGGAGGCUUAUCUCGCCAAGUUGCCUCUGACUGUUGUCUCUGUGAAGACUGAAGAGCAUGAAGACGAACCACCUGAGUCCUCACAGCUUCACCACAGUCCAAACGUCCAGCAGCUGAUUGGUCGGCAAGAAGAACGUCUUUCUUAUCCGCAUGCGGGGAGCUCCACUUUAGAGCGAGAAGAUCCACAGACCUUCCGCAUUAAAGAGGAAGAGGAGGAACUCUGGAUUAGUCAGGAGGAAGAGUGUCUUCUAUGGCAGGAGGAGGCCGAUCUCGCCAAGUUGCCACUGACCGUUGUCUCUGUGAAGACUGAAGACCACGAAGAGAAACCACCCGAGUCCUCACAGCUUCAUUAUAGUCUAAGUGAGAAGAACAGGGGGGCGGAGCCUCAAAGCUGCAGCAGAUUACCACCAAACCUGAGGACAGAAGCUGAUGAAGACGACUGUGGAGGAUCACAAGCAGACAGCCUCUUAGCUCCACUGUCAGGCAGUGACGACACAUCACACUAUCCAGAGGAUGGAGACAGAGACGACGCUCAAGAACCUUUGAGCAGCGAUACAGACUGUGAAGAGGAUAUCAAGACUGAUACCGACAUCAAAAACUCUGAAUGUUCUAAACAAAACAUGUGUAGAAAAUGUUUGACCUGCUCAGUUUGUGAUAAACCCUUUUCUUAUAAGAGUGACCUGGCUCAACACAUGCGGACGCACACUGGAGAAAAACCUUUUAGUUGCUCUAUUUGCCAUAAGCUGUUCUCUGUCAAAAGCAACAUGCGUUCACACAUGAAGAGACACACGGGACAAAGACUUUUCAGUUGCUCGGACUGCGGUAAAACGUUCUUUCAAAAGGUGCACAUGCUGUCCCACAUGAGGACGCACACGGGAGAAAAACCUUUCAGUUGCUUGGUUUGCGGCAAAACCUUCUCCGAGAAGAAUUCCGUCAGGUUACACGUCAGAACGCACACGGGAGAAAAACCUUUCACUUGCUCGGUUUGCGAUAAAAGAUUUUCCCGGAAGACGCUGUUGGUGUCGCACACGAGAACGCACACGGGAGAAAAACCGUACCAAUGCUCAAUUUGCGGGGAUGGGUUUUCUCGGAAGUCGUCUUUGAACAAACACAUGCAGAGCCACUGAUGGUUCUUCUGGCUUCCAUGCAGUUGGCGUUAGAAGUGAAGUGUUGAAGUGUCUUUAACACAAAGCUAUAGACGGGUUAACUUCCCUAAUAUAUUUUAUUUGAUGCUGUAUUUAAUUCUGGACCUUGAAUGCAACACAUAAUCAUUGUUGAUGUUUUCUAAUGCAUCGAUCAACUUGCUGGUUUUAUCUUCACACUCAUAAAGUGCAAGUCAACUGUUACUUCUUCCAAAAAACAGGAUUAUAUAUAUUUAGUAAAACUGAUAACACUUUUCAUAUCUUGUUGAUGUACUUUAUUUGAUGUGCACCAUGGAAAGCGUUUGUCAGCCUUAUAUAUGCGCACGCAAUCACGCCAUAAAGGAGUUUGUGCCAUCGUCUAUUUGCUGGUGACUAUUUCCCGUUGGAAUGUCCAUACGAGUUCAACGAAGACUGUGUUGAGUUUUCCUCUUUAUUUGAUAUAUUACCUGUUUUUUAUUGGAUGAUAUUGCAGUACUGUUUGAUUUACAAACCCCAAAACCAGUGAAGUUGGCAUGUUGUGUAAAUAAAAACAGAAUAUAAUGAUUUGCAAAUCCUUUUCUACCUAUAUUCAAUUGAAUAGACUGCAAAGACGAGAUAUUUAACGUUCGAACUGGAAAACUUUUUUUUUUUUUGUGUGCAAAUAUUAGCUCAUUUGGAAUUUGAUGCCUGCAACAUGUUUCAAAAAAGCUGGCACAAGUGGCAAAAAAGACUGAUAAUGUUGAGGGAUGCUCAUCAAACACUUAUUUGGCACAUCCCACAGGUGAACAGGCUAAUUGGGAACAGGUGGGUGCCAUGAUUGGGUAUAAAGGCAGCUUCCAUGAAAUGCUCAGUCAUUCACAAACAAGGACGGGGCGAGGGUCACCACUUUGUCAACAAAUGCGUGAGCAAAUUGUCCAACAGUUUUAAGAAGAACAUUUCUUAACCAGCUAUUGCAAGGAAUUUAGGGAUUUCACCAUCUAAGGUCUGUAAUAUCAUCAAAAGGUUCAGAGAAUCUGGAGAAAUCACCGCACGUAACAUUGCAUGCCCGUGACCUUGGAUCCCUCAGGCGGUACUGCAUCAAAAAGUGACAUCAGUGUGUAAAGGAUAUCACCACAUGGGCUCAGGAACACUUCAGAAACCCACUGUCAGUAACUACAGUUUGUUGCUACAUCUGUAAGUGCAAGUUAAAACUCUACUACGCAAAGCGAAAGUCAUUAAUCAACAACACCCAGAAAUGCAGUCGGCUUCGCUGGGCCCGAGCUCAUCUAAGAUGGACUGAUGCAAAGUGGAAACGUGUUCUGUGGUCUGACGAGUCCACAUUUCAAAUUGUUUUUGGAAACUGUGGACGUCGUGUCCUCCGGAA